AUGUUUCUCCUCGCUGGGCAAUGUGAGCCGACACCGACGGUCCAACAGAAGCGACUGAAGCUUCUCUACUACACCGACUCAGACGACGGCAGCCAUCACCUGACCAACACCAAGAUCGCCGCAGCUCUCGUCAAAAAAAGACAUGACGUCACCUUCCUCCUUAGCGACAGCUGCACAAAAUGGCGGAACGCCAGCGGGGCUGACAUGUUUAGGUUCGCCGUGCAUCGUUCGCUGUACACGGCGGAGGAGCGAGAACGGAACGCGCGAGGAAUGUCUCGACAUGCUCUGCGUGGGAAGCUGAGGGGCGCGGUGAACGCGAUGAAAUUCCUCCUGAGGCUAAGGUACUCCGCGGAAUAUCAGGGUCAUCGCGAGUUGUUCAACUUUCUAUGGAGCGAGUGCGAUAGCCUGCUGGGGGACAACGCGACAAUCCACUCGCUGAGGGAGGAGAGCUUCGACCUGCUGAUCGGGGACGAUUUGUCUGAUUGCCAGCGGCUGCUAGCUGAAAUGUUGGGAAUCAAAUUUGUCCUGGUCAGCGGAACAGGCAUCACCCCUUCCAAGUAA